UUUCGAAGAGUCCAAGUUUAAAUAAACCGGGACCAUGGAAGCCCGAGAAGUUAGAACCAGUCACUGAUAUUAAUAGCUAUCGUCCAUCGUCCAUAAUCAACGCAAAGGAUGAGAUCGGCCGAUGGGUGCCGCAGCUGAAAGGCAAAGCCAAGGUCAAUCCACGUAUAGUCGCUGUCACUAUUCCCUUUCAGUGGAGGAAUGCGCUGCGACAGCCGACAGGAGGGGGACUUCGGAUCCAGUUAAUAAUAGACCGAAGGAAUCCUGUCUUGCAUUUCCCCGGAGUUGCCGAAACUAUUUCAUGUUAUCACCAUCUUGAAUCUUCUUCUUCUUGGUCUUCCGCCGUAUAUACUUCAGUUAUCUUCAAGAUCAGCCGUGGUUUUUCUACAACGGUCGACGGCAUAUCGCUGAACCUAAUAAUUUGGAUCAGGAACUAACUUCCCCACCGAGUUGUAACGUUCAAACAAAUUUAAUUUUGAAGAAUAUUAAAUAAAAUCCAUAAUCAUAAAAGAAAAAAAAAAGGUACUAUCCGGACAUGGGUUCUAG